GGAGACGUUCCAGUGGUCUCUCAACGCCGCCUUUGCGAAGGACAACCACUACACGCUGUUCCGCUACGAGGACUGGCCUGCGUGGGUGCUGUUCUCCAGCGUGUUUGCCUUCCUCAUUAUCUUUGACAACGUGGUGCUGAACAGGUACCCGGGGGCGAUGACCAUCACCGGGGCGGUCCUGUACACGCUGUUCUGGAUAUGCUGCGCCGUCGCGUUUUGCGGCUGGGUGGCGUGGUGGAAGGGCGAGCAGUCCGCCUACAUGUGGAUGAGCGGCUACAUGCUGGAGUGGCUUUUGUCGUUUGACAACUUGUUUGUCUUCCACCUGAUCUUCAAGACGUACCAGACGCCAGAGCACCUGAAGCACAGGCCGCUCUACCUGGGCAUCUGCGGCGCCGUGUUCUUCAGGCUGGUCUUCAUCUUCAUCGGCGAGUACCUCAUGCAUGCGAUGUACUUCAUGCAUUUGGUGUUCGGCGCGUUUCUCAUCUACACGGGUGUGAAGACCAUCACAGCCGACGACGAGGACGAUGACCCGUCCCAGCAACCCCUCGUGCAGUGGCUGACCAGGAGACUUCCGUUCGUGAGCACGUACGACGACAAGGGGGCCUUCUUCGUGCGCGUGCCGGUGGACGAGCACGGGGAGGUGAUUUGCCUCGAGGAGCCCAGCGGCGCCGCCGCGAGGCCCGCCUCGGGGGAGCCGGGCGCCGCUGCGGCGUGCGAGCCCGGCGCCAGGGCGCCCGACGCCAAGUCGUCGUGGACUUCUUGUUGGCCGUUUGCGCGCAGCCGCCGCACGCCUCAGCAGGCCAGCUACGGCGCCGUGGACCUGGGGGCGGGGGCCGCCAAGCUGCGCGGCGCGGGCGCGAGGCCCAGGCAGUGGCGAGCCACCAUGCUCUUCCUGGUCGUCUGCUGCCUCGAGAUCAGCGACGUGCUCUUCGCGGUGGACUCCGUCAGCGCCAUCGUGGCGCAGGUGAACGAUUUAUUCCUGGCGUACACGUCCGCGGUCUUUGCCAUGCUCGGGUUGCGCGCCACCUUUUUUAUCAUCGAUCUCCUGGCGCAGCUUUUCUCGCUGCUGAAGUUCGGCGUGGCAGGCGUGCUCAUCUUUAUCGGGGUCAAGCUGAUGCUGUCCCGCGUCUGGCACGUGCCACCAGGGAUAGUCUGCCUGAUUCUCCUAUCUUGCCUGGGGCUUUCCAUGGUCGCCUCCAUCGUGCACGACCGGUGGAACAACACGCGCAGCGAGGAGGCGAAGACGUCCAGCUGAGGCCCCGACCGCAGUGCCGCCAGCCAGGCGGCCGACGCGAGAGCGGCCAGGGAGGAUCGCCGGACGAAAGGGGGGAGAGUGGGGCAG